AUGGGGCGGGGCCGGCUGGACAAGCCCUCUGGGUGUGAGGGCCCAGGUCUGGGCCUAGGCACCUGGUUGGGCCUGAGGGUGUCAGGUGUGCCCGCAGUGCGCGAGGCGCUGGUGCUCCGCGGGGAGGACACGUCUGACCGCCCACCCAUGCCCGUCUACCAGCACCUGGGCUACGGGCCGAGCGCCCAAGGCUUGGUCCUGGCGAGCUAUGGACACGCGUGGCGCGAGCAGCGGCGCUUCUCCGUGUCCACACUGCGUAACUUCGGCGUGGGCAAGAAGUCGCUGGAGCAGUGGGUGACCGAGGAGGCCGCCUGCCUCUGUGCAGCCUUCGCAGCCCAGGCAGGUCGUGUCCAGGAGGAGAUCGAUGAGGUGAUAGGGCAGGUGCGGCCACCUGAGAUGGGGGACCAGGCCCACAUGCCCUUCACCACAGCCGUGGUCCACGAGGUGCAGCGCUUUGGGGACAUAGUGCCACUGGGUGUGCCUCACAUGACCUCUCGUGACACUGAAGUGCAGGGCUUCCUCAUCCCCAAGGUACUGAAUGCGUUCCCAGUGCUCCUGCGUAUCCCGGGGCUGGCCAGCAAGGUCUUGUCAGGACCCAAGGAGUUUAUGGCCCUGAUACAUGAGAUGAUCGCCGAGCACCGGGAGACUCGGGACGCAGCCCAGCCGCCCCGUGACCUGACUGACGCGUUCCUGGACGAGGUGGAGAAGGCCAAGGGGAACCCGGAGAGCAGCUUCACUGAGGAGAACCUGCUUCUGGUGGUGGCAGACCUGUUCUUCGUGGGAUUGGUGACCACCUCCACCACGCUGGUCUGGGCCCUGCUGCUCAUGCUUCUGCACCCUGACGUGCAUCGUCGUGUCCAGGAGGAGAUCGAUGAGGUGAUAGGGCAGGUGCGGCCACCUGAGAUGGAGGACCAGGCCCUCAUGCCGUUCACCACAGCCGUGAUCCACAAGGUGCAGCGCUUUGGGGACGUAGUGCCUCUGGGUGUGCCUCACAUGACCUCUCGUGACACUGAAGUGCAGGGCUUCCUCAUCCCCAAGGGGACCACGCUCAUCGCCAACCUGUCGUCAGUGCUGAAGGACGAGGCCGUCUGGGAGCAGCCCUUCCGCUUCCACCCAGAACACUUCCUGGAUGCCCAGGGCCACUUCGUGAAGCCAGAAGCCUUCAUGCCCUUCUCAGCAGGCCGCCGCUUAUGCCUCGGGGAGCCCCUGGCACACAUGGAGCUUUUCCUGUUCUUCACCUGCCUCCUGCAGCGUUUCAGCUUCUCGGUGCCUGCCGGACAGCCACGGCCCAGCGCCCACGGCGUCUGUGGCUUAGUGGUGUCCCCACCCCCCUACCAGCUCUGUGCUGUGCCCCGCUAG